GCAGAGCAAGCACAAGGAGGAGGAGGAGGAGGAGGAGGAGAGAGGUGUAGUCUUAUGGGCGAUACUACCGGCGAUGACCUCGCGAUCCCUGAGUUUACGGCAUACGGGGAGUCAGAAGAACGGUUAUGGGGACUGUAUAGAACUGAUGAGGAUGAGUGCAAGAUGGAAUGUGAAGAUGACGUCAACAGUGGUCUCGAAUCCAAUGCUAUGGAGCUUGGAAAGGUGAGUAAUGAGGCGGCAGUCGAAGAGAGAAGGGGCGGCGACGGUGGCGGCGGUGGCAAGGCCACAUCUGGGGCAAGUCUAAGUGGGGUUAGUCAGAGCCAGCCAGGCUCAGGACCUCUGAAUCAUGUUGCCGAAAGGAAUCCUGCCAGCGAUGAUCAUGAUGAUGACAUCCUGGACGAGUCGUUUGGCGCUGUGGAAGACCGAGUUUUGGACAAACAGUGCCAAUCUAUGGCUUCGUCACCGGUGGCAGCUGAGCUUGUAUCGCCCUCAUUUUUGCACCACGAGGAGAACAUAGUAGGGCCUGAUGGAGAUGAUGACGACGAUGAAGAACUUAAUGAAGAGCAUACGCUGCUGGUUGGGGAUGUGCUGGAAUUGCAAAAGAUUGGGACUGAGGAUGAUGAAAAGAGUGACAGCAAGGAUGACGAAGAUGAGAACUGUAGCAAAGGGGGAAAAGACUGUGUUGUGGAGAGUAAGAGAGAGGAAAAGAAGUCCGGCGUCCAGAACAAGGAUGAGGGAAAGAGAGCCCACCCCUGGGAAGAUGAUGAUAAUGUUGACGGCGAAUUGUAUGACGAUAGGCAGAUGCUUUACGCCAAGAAAGUAGAGGAGGAAAGCAAUGGUGUGGGAGGAGGGGAGGAGCAAGCUGGCGACAAUGAUCACGAGCAUAAUGGUGCUGCUGCGUCGACUGCUGCUACUGCUGCUGCUGCUGCUGAUGAUGAUGAUGAUGACAAGACCAGUGAUGAUGACGAUGAUGAGGUUCGACACAGUGCUCGGGGCAUCGUUGUGGUUGAAGAUGAUGACUAGGGAAAUAAAUGCUCCACGUCAGGAAAGAAGGCGGCUCUGUAUGUUUUAUGAAAGAUCAACCAAUUGCUCAUUGGCGACUUGCUGUUCAUAGUCUGUAAGCUUAGGCUUCAGCGGCUCGGGUUGCGCUUCUUGCUAUAUCCAGACAAGAUUUUGUGGAGUGCGAUGUGAGGAGCCAGGAUGUCUUCACUGCAAUUUGCUUUGCAGCUGAUUAGUUGGGUUGCAUGUGAAAGAGAGAGGAGGGGGGCAGGGGGAAGGGGGGGAGAGAACGAGGAGCAGCAGGAUUGUUGAUGAUGGAUCGAAAUGUAUGCACGCAUGCAGCACAUCAAAACUAUUGUGUAUGAUCUCAUGAGGCUCUCGGUAUCUGUUGUUCUCUCUUUGCUCGAACACUACCGCACACACCCAUGUACCUACUACGCUUACCCAGCCAAGGUUCAGGAAGAUGGCUUAGGCUCCGUCGCACACACACACAUGUACCUACACUAAUCCAGCCAGGGUUAAGGGAGAUGGGUUAGGCUCCGUCUGUCUGGAGUUUAGACGAACGGGUGAUCAUGUCUGGUAGACGGUUUAGUUCCCAUUCCCCCUGCUGCUGGUGCGUUGCUCGUCUCCUCCCAUCAUGGUUGCAACGGUGCGAGCGAG